AUGUUUAUUAAUCAGUCUGUCACUGAAUUCGUCAUAGUAGGAUUCAAAGAUAUUGCUGACCAGUACAAUCACACUUUAUUUUUCCUGCUGAUUAUUUUUCUCUACAUUUUCAUCUCUUGUGGAAAUGCAGUUGUAGUGCUUGUGAUUAUUUUUGAGUCUCGCCUGCAUAAACCUAUGUACCUUUUCAUCUGUACCCUAUCAGUGGUUGAGAUAUGCAUUGUCUCGACAGUCUACCCAACAUUGCUGGCUCUUUUCUUUAAAGGAAAGGCAUACAUCUCAUUUGAUCAUUGUUUUUUGCAAAUGUACGCUUUUGAUGCUUUCUUAGUCAUGGAGAAUUAUCUUUUGACUGCAAUGGCCUUUGAUCGGUAUGUAGCUAUUUGUAAAGCUCUUCAAUAUCACACCAUUAUGACCUUAAAGACCUGUAAGAUUUUGAUAUGUUUAUGUUGGUUACUUGGAUUCCUGAGCCCAUUAGGCACAGUUAUCCUGGUUUACAGAUUACCUUACUGUGGACCCAAUGUAGUUGAGCAUAUCUUCUGUGAUUCAUCUCCAUUGUUGACACUUGCUUGUUCCAAUAGCGAUAUUAACGUUGCAAUGGAUUUAUCUGUUAGCUCCUUUACAGUCAUAUUGAAUUCCAUUUUUAUUGUUAUUAUAUACUCAAAUAUAUUGUUUGUUAUACUAAAGAUGAGAACAUCGGUGGAACGGAAAAAGGCCUUCUCUACUUGCACAUCUCAUCUAAUUAUGUCACUUAUUUUCUAUGGAAGUGUUGCCUUUAUGUAUAUACAGCUUCAAGAGAGUUACUCUGCAGAGUAUGACUUAGCAUCAGCUAUCCACCAAUCAGUCCUGACCCCACUCUUGAGUCCUCUUGUUUACAGCUUUCGAAACAAAGAAAUUAAGAGUUUUCUUAAGAGGAUGCUUAAGAUUAAGAACUAUUAA